AGAAAAGGAAGCAGACGCCGGUGACGUCACGUCAUAACAACAGGAACGGUGCUGUUGGGGGACGGACGCGGAGAAGAAAAGAAAUGGCGAUGCUCGGAGGUUUCAGCGCUGCACAGCACAAGAAAAGUGUCUCUGACGGCAGCAGCGACGUGUCAGAGUUCAUGUGUCCAGUUUGUCUGGAGAUCUUCGAGAGUCCUGUAAGAACACAAUGCGGCCAUACGUUUUGCCAGAGUUGUUUGCAGGAAUGUUUGCGUCCUCAGAAACCAGUUUGUGCUGUAUGCAGGGCCACUCUGGGCCUGUGCACUAAAGCCACCGAACUGGAGGCACUGAUCCAGUCUUCUGUGGCAGCCUGUAAGGGAUGUGGAGUUCAGGUUGGCCUGUCCCAGAUGAGAAGUCACACAGCUAAUUGUUCAAAGUACCAGGAGUACAUCGAGGAGGGGGUGAGGACCACUUCCCAGAGCCAGCCUCCAGUUAUCAGUUCGGUGCCAAACAGGUACACCUUCUCCUGCCCCUACUGCAACUGCCAGAACCUGGAUCAGGAUGGCCUGGUUGAACAUUGCACUUCCCAGCAUGCUCGAGAUCCACGCCAAGUGGUGUGCCCUAUCUGCGCCUCGAUGCCUUGGGGGGAUCCUAAUUACAGAAGCACCGACUUUUUCCAACACCUUAAGAUCAGACACACAUUCUCCUAUGAUACAUUUGUUGACUACUCCACAGACGAAAACACAAUGAUUCAGGAGGCUUUACAGCGCUCCCUUUUGGACAACUGAAGAGCGAAGAACAAUCUGGCAGAACCAGAAAUUUAGAGAAAACGGGAGGAAAUUGUCUUGAAAAGAUGCAACUAUACACUGUCAUCAUGCAUCUGGUGUAACUGAGCUGCUUUGGGUAAUUAUUUUCACGGGGAUGUUAUGUUGUAUCUAUAAAUCUGUAGGUUUAAUAAAAAAAUCUGUCAAUAUGUUAAAAAAACAUUGUUCUGUUUGCUCUAGGAGUGUCAGUGUUUAUCCUUUCUUCUCCUCCACUGAGCCUGUCCACUUGAUUUGUAGUCAGCAUCUCCUUAAUUAUGUUUUAAGUAAUUUGUUUAAUAAUGAGCAAAUGUCAUUUAACCAAAAAACUUCCAAAGUUGUGAUUAAAAAUGUUGUCAAUACUUGAUGUAAUGAGGUGGUUUGACCACUAGGUGGCUAACUAGUGCAGCAAAGACGAACUUGAUCAAUAGGUUGUCCUAUCAGUGAGACGACAUCCUGCUUCUGAUUGGCUGUGCAUGAGAACUCUCUUAAGGCAAUGUGUUCCUUUUUCUUGUUGUCGUUUCCUGUCAACGUGUGUGUGAGAGUGAUGAAUGUUUUUUUUUUCAGAGAUCUGGGAAGAAUAAAUAAUAACGAGGGUUGAGCAGAGUCAGAGACAGCUGUUUGCUUCAUUGUAAAGUUUCUCCUUUGUGUCUUUGUGCCUUCUAGUAGAUCGUGUUUCUAACUUCCAGAACUUCACAGGGCUACUUGUUCAUGCAAGGCAUCUGAGGUCUCAUUUGAUGAGCCUGAUGCUCUUACGUUUAGUUCUAGUGUAGUUGCACGUUCAUUACCACAGGGGGCAGUAGAGUUCUACUCUAUCCAUGGUGUCCGGUGACACUCCCAAGCCACUGAGUUUAUACAAGUCAUUACAUCUAAAUUAACAGCGUUUUCCCCACAAAUACAUGAUUUUGUUCAUAUGCAGCAAAUAAAAAUGUGUAUUUAAAGUAA